GAAUUCUUCCCCUCCAUUCCUAUUCAAAUUUUAAACCCAACCCACCUCAAAAAAACAAAUUCCCUUCAACACUAUUGUGCAAGUCCUCAUUGAAUAUUCUUUGAGAGUAGUAAAGCAGAGAGGUACAGAAUAGAAGCCUGUAGUGAUGAAGUAAGAGGGUAAAGAAAAGAACAAAGAAUUUUCAAAAAAUGAGCACAGCUAGGUUCAUCAAGUGUGUCACUGUUGGGGAUGGAGCAGUUGGCAAGACAUGCAUGCUCAUCUCUUACACCAGUAACACCUUCCCCAAUGAUUAUGUGCCUACAGUGUUUGACAACUUCAGUGCUAAUGUUGUUGUUGAUGGCAGCACAAUCAAUCUUGGAUUAUGGGAUACUGCAGGACAGGAGGAUUAUAACAGAUUGAGGCCACUGAGUUAUAGGGGUGCAGAUGUGUUCAUUUUAGCCUUCUCCCUCAUAAGCAAAGCUAGCUAUGAGAACAUCUCCAAGAAGUGGAUUCCUGAGCUGAGGCAUUAUGCUCCAACUGUGCCAAUUGUGCUGGUGGGAACCAAGCUUGAUUUGAGAGAUGACAAGCAGUAUUUGAUUGAUCAUCCUGGUGCCACACCAAUGACAACUGCUCAGGGGGAGGAACUAAAGAAGAUGAUUGGUGCUGCUUUUUACAUAGAGUGCAGUUCAAAAACUCAGCAGAAUGUGAAGGUGGUGUUUGAUGCAGCAAUCAAAGUUGUUUUGCAGCCUCCUAAACCAAAGAAGAAAAAAAGGAAUCCAAGACCAUGCUUGUUUCUGUAAAUCAAUUUUCUUUCUUCCAUGUUAACUUGCCAGUUCUCUUCUCUGGCUUUUGUUGUUCUCUUCAAUUCUUACUAAACUUCUUUUGCUUUCUUGUUAUGUAAUAUAUACAUUUUGAAAUUGCUUCGCAUAUGAUCAAUGUAAUCAAAUACUGCAUAGCCAAGUUUGAAUAUUCAA